AUUAAAAAAUAAUUAUAUCCCUUUGCCUGUUCAAUAGACGAAUCAAACAAAAAAACAUAACUUGUUUUACGUGGUGAAGUAAAAUAACUCGUCUCGUAGAGGUUAUGAAAUAGACUUAUUUAAGAUAAAAGUACAUAAUAUUAAAGUUCGUUAACGCGAGUGAUUUUUCAAUUUAUCCAAUAAAAUUUAGUGGAAUUUUCCCUGCGCUCCGCAGAUUGCAGUUUUUGCAAUGAAAAUUGUCUAAAUUUAGUUCAGUAAGACUGCCUGUUUCGUGGUUAAGAUUCAGUUAAAAUUAAAUUAUGGCCGCUUUUAAGAAUUUAAAAAGUUUUAAACUCAUAAACCUUGCUUCGUCCACAUAUUGUCCACGAGUAAUUUCAACAAGACACCUAAAUCUUCAAGAGCAUCAUAGCAAAGAUCUUCUGAGAAAAUAUCAGGUUUCCAUUCAGGACUUCAGAAUUAUUGAUUCCAAACUAGAUACGAAUGCCUUAUCUGGUUUUAAAGCUGAUGAAUAUGUAGUCAAGGCUCAGAUACUUGCUGGAGGACGAGGAAAAGGUCACUUUGACAAUGGGUUUAAAGGGGGAGUUCAUCUUACAAAAAACCGGGACAAGAUUGUUGACUUAGCUAAAAAUAUGAUAGGAAACAAACUUAUUACUAAACAAACUCCCAAAGAAGGUAUUUUAGUAAAUAAAGUUAUGGUCGCAGAAAGUGUGAAUAUCAAAAGAGAGACAUACUUUAGUAUUGUAAUGGAGAGAAGUUUUAAUGGUGCAGCCAUUGUAGCUUCUCCAGCUGGAGGUAUGGAUAUAGAGGCAGUGGCUGAAAAAACCCCACAUUUAGUGAAAACAGUUCCAGUAGAUAUUUUUGAAGGGAUUAGUGACAAAGUUGCAAAUGAAAUAGCUGACUUUUUAGAAUUCAAAGGACCACUAAAAAGCAAAUGUGCUGAAGAAGUAAAAAAGCUAUGGCAGUUGUUUUUGAAGGUGGAUGCUACACAGCUUGAAAUUAACCCUCUGGUUGAAACAGAUGAUGGACGUGUCAUUUCAGUUGAUGCCAAGAUUAAUUUUGAUGACAAUGCUAAGUUUAGACAAAAGGAGAUCUUUGCACUUGAUGAUGUUUCCGAGACUGACCCACGUGAGAGAGAAGCAAAUUCCCUCAAUUUGGUGUACAUUGAAAUGGAUGGAAGUAUUGGCUGCAUGGUUAAUGGUGCAGGACUUGCCAUGGCCACUAUGGAUAUCAUCACGCUGAAUGGUGGCAAACCUGCCAACUUCCUAGACCUUGGAGGUGGGGUUGGACAAUCACAAGUUUCUGCAGCUUUGAAGAUUUUAGAGUCUGAUCCCAAAGUGAAGACGAUUUUCGUCAAUGUUUUUGGAGGUAUUGUUAACUGUGCAACCAUUGCAAAUGGUAUAGUUUCAGCAUGCAGAGAGAAUCCACCAAAACACCCCCUAGUCAUUAGACUUGAAGGAACCAACUCUGGUGAAGCACGGAAAAUCCUUGAGCAAUCUGGUUUACCAGUUAAAAUAAUAAAUGAUGCCGACGAAGCUGCUAAAGCUGCUGUGAAGUUAGCACAGUGACAGUACUGUCAUUGCUACCUUAGUAGAUUUGAUUUACUUAAGAUUAUCAGAUACAACUUACCAAAGGGAUUUUCCUCAAGACUUUCUACAAUUACCAUGGGGUAUUUUAAUGAAGUAAUGACAUUUAAGCCCAAGAUCGUUGACUAAUAUACUAACCUUUUUCUAAGACUGAAUUGUGUAUCCUAACACUUUGGUCAUAACAAAUUUUUUUGGAAAUCAAAUGUCUUGCCAUUGCUUUUGUAAUUGUUAAUAGUUUUCUUUCUACCCAUCCUGGUAAACCUUGAGGGAUUAUACCAGCUUUAUCAAGCGAGGUGAGCUCACGGGGCUCCAACCUGACGUGUUAAUAGAAUAAGUGUUCUGUAUAUAUACUAUGAAUAAACUUAAAAUAUCUAUGAAA